AUGUCGUGCCCGCUCUGCCGCAAGAGUCCCCAUCCCGUGCUGCCGUGGAAGCAGCCACCGCCAUCGUCGCCAGCACCUUCACCGUCAGCAUCGGAGCCAGCGCUACAGCAGUUGCCGCGGACGUCGGCGACGCAGGAUUUGGAGAAGGCGCUGCUGCUUCCAGCGCACGACGAGACACUAGCAGAGGCGUCGUCAUCAGCAUCGGCACCACCGCUAGCGCAGACGCAGUUGCCGCGGACCUCGACGCCGGAUUUGGCGGGGGUGUUGCCGCUUCUGGCGGACGACGAAAUACUACCGGAGGCGUCGUCAUCGCAGUAG